UUCUUCUUGUGUGGAAAAGGGGGAAAGAAACGAGAGAUAAAAAAGCAACUCCUUAGGUUUUGUUUUUUAUCGCUUUUCCUGCAUUAAAUGUUCUGUGCUGUGGAGUGUUAGACGACGUUUCAAGUUUCGACGAGAAAGAAGCAGUCAUUUGCAUGUCGUACCACGGUACGUGAAACAGUAAUUCAACCUUGUGUCAUCCAUUGCAAAAUCCAUAACAGAGAAGACGUCAUAAUGAAUGGUAACCAAGGAAGUGUAAUUCUAUGCGAAUCGACCUUCUGGGACUGGGAUUCUUUCUGGAACGCCUCGUCUCCUCAAGUGACAAACUGUUUUAGACAAUUAGUUCUGAUCAACCUGCCUUGUCUUUUCCUCUGGACAGCAUUUCUUUUCACGGCGAUAUGUAGCAGAGCCGAGAGUACUAUCAAAAGCUCACCGAGUCCAUGGACGUUUCUCAGUGUUGCGAAACUGACCCUUACCUUCCUUCUAAUCUUGUGUGCGGGAGCAGAAGGUUUUUACUUGCUUUACAGUGACAGAUACUUGCUGAAUCAGGUUGCGAACGUCAACUACAUCUCGGUGUGCGUUCGUAUGAUAACUUUCGUUCUAGCUCUAUUUCUUCAACUGAGACAGAUGCGUAAAGGCCAGCUCAACUCUUUCAUUUUGGCAAUAUUUUGGAGUUUAUACGUUAUUUGUGACGCAAUGGGAUCUCCCUUAUAUCUUCUUCUAACAGAUCAAGUGGAUGAAACGGUGGAUUCUAAUCUCUUUAUACUUGGGACAGUCUGCUUCUGCAUCGUUAUAGCAGAAGCGAUACUCUCAUUCUUCACUGAUCCUCAAUACAGCUAUUUCUGGGAUGAAAAGAAAGACGAAUACAUCAUGGAACAUCAGCCCAUACUAUCGAGGCUUCUGUUUUCAUGGUUAAACAGGACAAUCUGGUAUGGAUUCCGUAAUACAAUCACUACUGAUGACGUAGACCUUAUUAACCCAGAUAUGAAAACAACUUACGUGUAUCAACGUUUUCACGCUGCAUGGAUGUUCGAAGAUGCGAUAGCAAGAAGUAAGCGAAGUGGUUCAGAAGGCAAUAAAACUGUGGGCGUUUUUGGAAGAGGACCAUCUCUUCUCUUUGCCCUCGCAAAAGCUCUUUGGCCAUGGUUCUUAGCAGCAGCUUUCUUAGAGUUUCUUUACGACGUAUUCGUCCUCGUUCCUCCACUUAUAUUAGAAUGGCUGAUUACUUUCACGGAUAGUGAUGAGCCUGCCUGGCAUGGUUACAUUUACUGCCUUAUCUUGUUCUUGGUAACUGUCCUAUCUGUCCUUUUUCUGGCCCACGACUUGAACCUUUUAAUGAUUUCUUCUGUUGUACCUCGGUCAGGACUCAAAGCUGCUGUCUACCGAAAAGUCCUACGUUUAAGUAGCGGAUCUAGGAGAAAUUACACAGUCGGAGAGCUUUGCAAUCUCGUGGCCGUCGAUGUCCAGAAGAUAAUCGAGCUGAUAUGGGCCAUAAACUUAACUUGGAGUCUUCCGCUGAAUAUGAUCUUCACCAUUGCUCUUCUCUGGCGCUAUCUGGGUAUCGCGUGUCUUGCGGGAAUAUUAGUUAUGGUAAUUGUUAUGCCCAUUACUGCAAAGCUAGCUGUCAUGAUACACAAACAGCAGAAAUUUCAAAUGGAAUGUAAAGAUUCAAGACUGAGACAAAUGAACGAAAUUCUUAAUGGAAUCAAGGUACUGAAACUAUACGCUUGGGAGUAUCCAUUCAUGAAAGUCAUCGGAGAUAUCAGGAAAAAAGAAGCCAUUUCGAUCAAGAAAUUGGCUUGCCUGAACGGCUGCGUUUUAUUCAUAUGGGUUUCAGCUCCUUUUUUGUUCGCCAUAAGCAGUUUCACGGCAUUCAUUUUGAUGGAUGAAAAUAAUAAAUUGGAUCCAAGUAUCGCCUUCGUGUCUCUGACGCUUUUCAACAGACUGAGAAGCGUUACCUCUAUGAUACCUAUCAUCUUUACGCAGGUUAUUCAAAGUCGAAUUUCUUUCAAGAGACUAGCAGAUUUCCUUCUUUGUGAAGAGAUUCAAUCAAAUGUCGUAGGAAAUGAAACUGUUAAGGGCAACGCCGUAGAGAUCGAUGACGGUAGCUUCAGCUGGACGAAUGGGGAGCCGCCUUUCCUGCGUGACGUCACACUCUCCGUGGCUCGCGGAAGUCUGCUGGCUGUGGUGGGGCGCGUGGGUGCUGGAAAAAGUGCCCUCUUCUCCUCUAUCCUUGGGGAGAUGCACGCCACAGGUGGCGCUGUGCGUGUCAUGAAGGGAGCACGCCUUGCUUAUGUACCCCAGCAGGCUUGGAUACAAAACGCCACUGUGCGUCAGAACGUACUUUUUGUGCGACAGAUGGAGAGAACUAAGUAUGACGAUGUGCUCGACAGGUGUUGCCUCAAAGCCGAUCUCAAGGUCUUACCUGGAGGAGACCUCACCGAAAUUGGGGAAAAGGGUGUCAAUUUGAGUGGUGGACAAAAGCAAAGAAUAAGCAUAGCAAGAGCCUUAUAUCAAGACGCUGAUAUUUACCUAUUGGACGAUCCACUGAGUGCUGUCGAUUCACACGUCGGUGCCCACAUUUUCAAACACGUCCUGGGUCCUCAAGGAGCAUUAAGACACAAGACUCGUAUUCUGGCCACUCAUGAUUUAUCUGUAUUGCAAGAAGUUGAUACAAUCUAUCUUAUGGCUGACGGCAAAAUAACGGAAACUGGAACAUACAAGGAACUGCUAGAAAAUAAAGGAGAGUUCGCUCGCCUUAUUGAGGAAUACAGCAAGAAUCAGAUGGACAGCGACUCCGAAGAAGUUGGGGAAGAUAGUUCUCUUGGCAGUUCGAAAGCGGAAAGCCCCGAUCCUAUGAGGAUGUCUACGGAAGAACUGAAAGCCCAAAUGAAAAAGAUGGGUCAUCGACUCUCCAGAACAUUAUCUCGAGCUAUCUCUGAAGAUCGGGAGUCCAAAAAGGUUCAGUUUAUCGAAGAUGAGAAAAUGGAAAUGGGAAGUGUGAAAGCCGGAGUCUUUUUGACCUACUUCCGUAAAGCGACGCUGUGUCUGACGUUCUUGACAUUGCUGAGCCUCAUCGCUUGUCAAAGCUUUGGAAUAGGAUCAAAUGUUUGGUUGAGUUUUUGGAGUAGCGACGAACUCCUUCCAGAUGGAUCACAAGACACCCAACUGCGAGACUUACGAAUCGGAGUCUAUGCAGCUUUAGGAUUGUCAGGAA